AUUGCUACUUGGCAGAUUUUCUUUAAAAAUUUCAAUUGAUUGAUAAAGAAGUUAUUUACAUAAACAUGGAUAUAACGCCGUUAUUUAAAGCUUGCAUAAAAACUGUUAAAACUCGGAAUAAAGCAUUUGGCAUACAAAGUCCAGUGAGUGAAGAUAAACAACGUAUAUUGCGAAGUAAACCUAAAAGUGGGUUCAUGACUACAGCUAAAGAUAUAACAUCACAAAUAACAAGAUUGAGAGAUUUUCUUUUAGAGCACAGAGAAAAAUAUUUAAGUUUCUUUAAUAAUGUGACUGGUGAUGAAAUGACAGAGUCUGAGAGAGAUCAAAUAGAUACAGGAGCUCAAAGGAUCAUAAACACAUGUUCACACUUAAUGAAAGAGUUUAGAAAUGAUAAUCGUAAACUUUCUGUUUCUCCUCAGAUUCGUGACUAUAUGGAUGGAGUUAUAGAACUAAUAGAUAUGUAUUUAAAAGCAGUCUGUAAAAUACACAGUGAAUUGAAGGCCCUUCGUGUUAAACGUGCUUUAGACAUUCGUAAAUUAUCUCGUUUAGAACAACCACAGGUAAAGUCAACCAUUCCAAAUCCAUUUGUUAUUGAAAACGAAAAGGAUAAGAUCAGUGAUAUAGAAGAUGAUCUUCCAGAAAUAGAAGAAACUGAUAAUGUUAGAAAAAAAAUAGAUUUAACAGAGAAUGAUAUAGCAGUUAUAUCUGAUGAGUGUCAGCUCAGUGCUGAAGAGUUACAGAUGUUUGAGUCUGAAAAUGUGCAGCUUUUAAAUGAAUUGAAUAAUAUGACUGAAGAAGUACGACAAAUUGAAAGCAAAGUUCUCCACAUUGCAGAGCUGCAGGAAAUUUUCACAGAAAAGAUAUUGCAACAAGAGCAAGAUAUUGAUCGCAUCUCAACAACAGUGGUUGGUGCAACAGAAAAUGUAAAAGAUGCCAAUGAACAAAUCAAACAGGCUAUCCAGAGGAAUGCUGGUCUCCGUGUUUACAUACUUUUCUUCUUACUAGUCAUGUCAUUCACACUUCUAUUCUUGGAUUGGUACAAUGAUUAAAAAAUAAUUUG